AGAAACAUAACAAAGCCCAGCAAGGGAAACCGUUCUCUUGUCGGCUCCCACGAGAACCUGUGCCUUGCUCUCUGGAACAGCCGUAAAAUUGCAGGGAAAACAAAGCUGGGAGUGUUCACUCUCCCUCCACAAGCAUGGCAACAUCUGCACAGUAUAGACAGCUUAUAAACGACUACGGACCCCCGUCUCUAGGCUAUACACAAGGGAUGCAGGGUACCAGCAGCAGUCAAGUACCGCAGAGCAAAUAUGCAGAACUUCUAGCUAUCAUAGAAGAAUUAGGAAAAGAGAUUAGACCCACAUACGCUGGGAGUAAAAGUGCUAUGGAGAGGCUAAAAAGAGGCAUUAUCCAUGCUCGAGGGUUAGUUCGGGAGUGCUUGGCUGAGACGGAGCGAAACGCCAGAUCCUAGCCCGCCACUUCAGCUGCAGGACCCUCCACCUCCUCACGAAGAAAGAGUAACACUUAUUCCUUUUGACUCUUGAAACAUUCAGAUGAAUUCCUUUAUUUUGAAUGUUUUAUCUUUCUUGUUUUGCCCUUGCAAAAAUGUAUAGUUAAGAAAGAGAAAACAAGGAUUUUUCCACGUUCUGAGGGUUUGCAUUUUGUAAAGACGUUCAGACUCCCUGAAAUGUUUCUAAAACAUGAAAACUGAGCUGCAUGCAGAGGAAUGCUCCUUCUCUCCCAGGCUACAUUUCAGUUCUCUUCCUACCCAGCCACAGCCUCACUCUGUUUUUUGUUUUUUUUUUUUUCUUUGACUAUAUUCACUUAACCCCAAACUGUCAAUCUUUCAAGGUUUGACAUAAGCUCUAAGGAUUUUUUUUAAUAACUGCAGAAUAGCAUGCUGUACCUAGUAGUCUGCUAAGUCACAAUUUGUCAUACAGCAUAGACCCUGCUUAGAAAUAACCUUCCCUUUCUCUUACUUUUCCUUUUUUGUUCGUUUUGCAUAAACAUUUGCAUGACUGUUAGUGCUUUGAAGUCCAUUUAAAGUGCAUGAGUUAUAUGGAAAAUAGGGAAACCUAUUAAAUAAUAACAAGGUCCUGGAAAGCUAAUUUCUACAUUAAGGCUGGAGAUUUCAGUUUAAUGUUUGCCAAAAAAGAAAAUUCUGGAUAAAUAACUAGAACUGUUAUUUGCAUCUUUGUAUGUAUUUAUUACUUGACGUAAUAAAGCUUAUUUUCAUUAACAGUUUGUAUUAAAA